GAGGCGAUCGUCUGGGGAAAGGUUGUAUCUUCCGAGGCCCUAGUCAAUACAGUAAUUUACACUGAUCAGAGACUACACACUUCAUCAAGCGUUGCAUUCCACUGUAACUCUGGAGGAUGGCGGAGGCGAGAAGUGCGGUGGCAGAGCUGCGCAUACAUGACCUGGAGGAGGGAAAGGCCGGUGUGUGGGGAGACAUCGUGCGCGAGUGGAGGAAGGCUGUCGUAAGACACUACUUCAGAACAAGGAAUACCAUCAGGAACGGCUUGUGGCCGACCUCCCUGUGGAACCUGGGAGCCGCCGUCAUCAUCUUCUACUGCCUCCUGUUCGGCGAUUUUGACAUCAUGAAGCCGGUGACAAAGGGACUGUGGCCGAUAGGAGAAGCCAUGAGGCUUCCCAACGGCACACCACGGUGGCUGCGGGUGCUCCUCAUCUCCUGCGUGUUGGGCUUCAUCUUCUUCUUCCUGCUGAUGCAGGUGCGCAGACAGGUUCUCACCGUGCUGCUGCACUACCGCGGCUGGAUGU